ACAAUGAUAUGUUAUCCUUUAUACAUAUAGUUUUUAGAUUAAUAAAUGAAAGAAAUAGAAAUAUAUUAAUUAACAAGAAAAAGUAGAUUAGAAUGGAUAUGGAAAGAUAAUAAAUAUUAAAAUAAUUAUUUAUCACAUAUAGGAUUUUAUUUAUAAAAAUCAUGGGAGCCUGAAAACAAAAAAGAAUUAAAAUAAAUGAUAUAAAACAAUUUAAUGUAAAAUUAUGUAUCAUAAAAAGAUAUUGAUUUAAAUGCAAAAUUAAGUUUAAUAAGUAUUACAGAAGAAAACUAAGAUACUAAUAAAGAAUAUGAAUAAUUAAAUUAAAUUAUAGUAUAUUUUAAAUAAGAAGAUAGUAAACCGAAAAUAAUGCAAUUUUUAAAAUCAAAAAUAAUAUAAAAAAGAUUUCAUACUGUAUAUAAAGCAGUAAGAAGAUUAGGAAAAGGAAGCUUUGCAUCAGUUUAUCUUGUAAAUUAAGUAGAUUCUAAUUAAUAAUUUGCACUAAAAGCUUUUUUUAAGGAAAAAUUAUUAUAAGAGACAUAUGGAUAUGAAUCUUUUUAUAAUGAAAUAAUUUUAAUGCGAAACCUUCACCAUCCAAAUAUAAUACCCUUAUUAGAAAUUUGGGAAUCUACAAACAGUUAUUAUAUGAUAAUUCCCUUAUGUAAUGGAGGUUCUUUAUUAGAAAGAAUAUCCUUGAACAUAAAAAUGAAAAAAAAUCCAUCUUUACCAUAAGAGAAGGACUUAUCGCCUAUAGAUGAUAAUUUUAUUUUAUAAUUUAUUAAAUAAAUUCUCGAAGCUCUUAUAUAUAUGAAAAAAUAAGGAAUUUUACAUAGAGACCUUAAACCCGACAAUAUAUUGUUAAACUCAAGGCAUUUAGUCCUACCUAUUAUUAUAGAUUUGGGACUAGGAACAUUUUAAAACGUUGAUAAUUUUAUUUAUCCAAAGUGUGGUACUCCAGGCUAUAUAGCACCUGAAAUUAUUAAUUUGAAAGACAAAACAACUAAAUAUACUACUCAAUGCGAUAUUUUUAGUUUAGGAUGCAUAUUUUAUUUUUUAUUAACAUUAAAACCUCUAUUUAUGGGAAAAACUACAAAGGAAACAAUAGAAUUAAAUAAAAAAUGUGAAAUCGAUUUUAAUAAACCUGAAUUAUAAAAUAUAAAUGAAUAAGCUAAAAAUCUUCUAUAAAAAAUGCUUGAAAUCGAUCCUUAAUAAAGAAUAACAGCCGAAUAAGCAUUAAUUUCUGAUUAUAUUAAAAAUAAAAAUUAAUUAUCUGAAGAUGAUGAUGAUUUAGAAAUACCAGAAGAUCCAACAACAUAAAUAUGUUAAAUAUUUAAAUAAUUUAAUAAUGAAAAAAAGUUUGAUAUGUAAAGAAUAAAUUAGCAUGGAACAUUUAAUUCUAGUAAUGAAACAACCGAACUAAUAAUUAGACUCUGA